AGGUGUACUAUUAGCACCUGCAAAAUUUUACAGAGCCAUAGCGACGUCAUCUACUAUGAACAGUACUGCAGAAUUCUAAUAUUUGCAGUAUUAUUUUUAUACAAAAAAAACACCAUUUGUCUCUAAACCAUGUCUUUUAGAACCGUCGAAGAAUCUGUAGCCGUUUAUGAGAGCGCACUGCCACAGCAGGGUUACCGAGAUCCUGGUUCGAACCUCGCGCAACCACCGAUAUGUGGUGAUCAGGUAUUGCAUUUCCUUGAAAAUGAUCUGGACAAUGCAAAUCACCUAUCAUACAAUAAUUUUCACGACAAUAACAUCGAUAAUUGGAAUAUCUUUCCCAAUGGCGAACUCCCGAGUUACGAUCUCGAGUUCGGUGAUGAUUUUUUUGCAGGUCUAAAUGAGGUGGACGAACUUGUAUCCAAACCCACAGCGGGGUCCUCCGAUAAAGAAAGUCCCCUGCAAUGUCAGAUCACACCUCAAAGAUUGAGUAGCUCUCAGCCAGUUGAUGAAUCAUCGAUCGCUGGAAUAAAAAACCGCUCUCUUGAUCUACCUGGACAAGUGGAAUAUAUUCAAUUUGAAAUGCCAGAACCGGGCCAAAUGCCGAUAAGUUCGCAACGUACACAAACAUUAUCGAAAGCUGGAACAAUCUCUGGAUCGGAUCUUGAGUAUCAUGGCCUUGAAACACACGGGAGCAAUUCGACAAUACGAACAAACAGAGCCCCCUCAGUCUUUUCAGUUUCAUCUAAGCGUCCUAGCGAUUAUGGAGGUUCCACGAGUGUCGGUUCCUCUUCCAGUAAGCGGCGCAAACCCUCCUCGGACAAAUACAAUUGUCACUACGACAAUUGUAAUUCAAUCGUGGGGCUCAAAGGGAUUGGACCCCACAACAAAAUCCAUAAUCCCUAUGAAUUUUUCGCUUGCAUUGUGCCUGAUUGCUCGGAAAUAUUCCUGAGAAAGGAUACUAUGGACAGUCACCUGAAGACCAAAUCUCAUUAA